AUGAGAAUUGAAGAAAGUUCAGGAAAAAAAGAGAGAAAGAGCUUGCAGCUGGAGAAAGAAGAGGAAAGAGUUCUUGACUUUCUAGAUACGAAAAAGAAUAUGCCAGCAUACGUGCUGAAGAGGUUUCUUGUGCAGACAGAUGACUUUGUCUGGUUUCCCAUGAUAAGGAUAUCGUGCAGUGUAAGCCACUCCAAGUUUAAAACAGUGCUGGUUCCUACAGAAGAAGUGCGCCUCCGUUUUGAAAUUCUUGGAAAAAUCAUAGAAAUGAACUUGUUCUACGGAACAACCACGAGCGACAUUCUGCAUGCCGUGUGGAGGAACAUUGGGAUCAUCAAGGGCUUUGAUGAAAACGAGUUUGUUCUCAGCUUUGACACUUCAAACAGCUGCAAAAUCCUUGGCAUGGAAGACCGCCCACUCCUAGAGAUCCUCCAGUGGAAGCUCAACAACUCCCUGCUGAAAGUGGUAGGCCACAGACUCACGCCAGCCAACAAGCUCUUCAAAAACUGUGGAUUUGAGAUGCGAAUCAUUCGAAAGCACCAAGUAAGCAUCGACAUACAGAACAAGUUAGACUGCCCGCACAAUCAGAUCAUUACGUACGCAAACUCUCUCGUGCCUCUUCUACCACUGAAAGAAAAGACAGAACAAACUGUCGAUGUAUCCAUGCAGAAACAGUUUAUCAUAACGUGCAUAACCGAUGCAAUGAGUUUUUCUUUCACAAUAAUGGCUCUUAUGGCCAUAGGGAGCAACCCUUUCCUGUACAAGCUGGAGACAAUAAAAAAUAAACUCGGAUGGCUCCUAAACAUACUUGGAGCCGUCUUCAUGAUGUACCUCCUCCUCCCGCAGCUUCUGGAGCUCUUCUUUGGAGAAGCUCCGAAAGUGCGCCCGCAUCUACCCGUUGCCAGGCCAUCGGAGGUUAAUUUAGAAGUCCUGGAGGAAGAAGAGGUGGAGAUAGCAAAGGAUAUCUCUCUGAAUCUAUCGCACAUGGGGCUUACUUCUAUCCCAGAGGUUGUAUUUACCACAAAUAACAUCGCGCACUUAGACAUAUCGUACAACGUGAUAACGGUUCUUCCAGAAAAGCUGAACAGCAUUGGCCUAAAGUCCAUCAAUGCCUCUAAUAAUAAGAUAUCGAGCAUCCCCCAGGCGCUUCGAAUACCGAAUCUCAAUUUGGCAAGCAACCACCUCACAGAGUUUGAAAGCAACUACAUCUAUGUGGAGCUCAAUCUUCUGGGGAAUCCUCUGCAGAAGUUCAAAGGGCACGCAGAGAGACUGUACAUACGCACUGUUUUCUCGGCAAGGAGAAUAUACAGCUCGCUUUCGUCACUUAAGAAGAUAUCCAUAAUAGAUGUAGAAAUGAAAAAGUUUGUGGGAAAGUUUCCUUUUCUGGUUGAUCUGCAGCUUGUGAACAACUCGCUUGAAGAAAUUUCAGUGCUGGCGCCAAAUCUGAAAACACUCCUGUGCGCGCACAAUUUUCUUCUGCAGUUUCCAUACAUAGAGCAGAAAAAAGGGCAUGUGGAGUGCCACAAUCUUAUUUCGCUUUCUCUUCCGUACAACUCGCUGAACAUCAUCCCCAGCAGGAUAUGGACGCUGCCCAUCGAGUAUCUGAACGUGUCUCACAACCAAAUUGUGCGAAUUGACCCUGCAGUUCGCCAGACAUCGCUGCUGCAUCUUAACAUUUCAGGUAAUCAGAUAAAAGAGAUAGACAACAUAUCGCGGCUUGCAGGGCUUAUCUGCUUUAUCUCCAGCUUCAACAUGCUUGAGUCUGUGUGCGGGCUAGAUGUUAUCCCAGGCCUAAAAAUGGUGGAUCUGUCGUACAACAUGCUCAGAGUCAUGCCAAAGCUUCCGAAUAAAGAGAUAGCAGAUGCGCUUUCAUUCUACGCUCUGGGCAACCUGUACAUGCCGUGUCCGCAGAGCAAGGUAAAGAGACUCGCGAAUAACGGAGUGAAUGUUUUUUUGGGAGAAAUGGAAGAAAAUCUUAUCAAGGUCCCGGGGAUUGUGGGGAUCCACAGCAGAUGCCUAGAGUGCGGGGCAUACAUCCCCAAAGAGCGAGCUAGAAAAGAAGAGGAAAGAAAGAAGGUGCGCGCAACAAGAAGAGCACACUGCAUUGUUCGCGAGCUGAUGACACAGCCGUACAACACGGGAGACAAAAGCAAAGCAGCGAACGUCAAAAUUUUCGCAUACUUUUCAUCGAAAAACAAACAGAUAAAGAGCAUUGUUGACAAAACACUCAGCAGAAUGGCAAAGUAUCUCCAGACAGAGUCAGGGGGCAGCUUGUACAAGAGGUUCGUAAAGCACAGGCAAAGACUGCGUGAGUUCUGCAUCGACAUAAAACACAAAAUGUUUCCAACAAAGGUCGACAUUCUGUGCUUUAUAAUAACCGCAGACAAGUAUAUAUGCAGCAUAGGAAGCAGCGACAUUGACCUAGUUCUCUUUAGAGACGAAAGGGGUGUGUACCUGUGCAACACGCCGUACCUCAGCACAGCAGGCCUUGAAAAAAGAAAAACCGAUGAGUGUUUGAUGGCUUUUCCAAAAUCAGUGCUUCAGGAAAUAUCUGUAACCGAUCUUAUUGUAGCAUACAAACGGUCUCGAUCAACCACAGAGGUGCAGAGAUUUAUUUUUUCGCACGAACUGAGAGAUGUGUCUGUUUUCAUAGUUCCUCUCAUUCCCAAGGUGGAUCAUCCGAUGCGAAAAGAGCCUGACUCCACAGGACUGAAAAUUCUUGAAGAGCUUUCAGCACACAACAUUGCAUCGCAGUUUAUAAGAGUUCCCAUUGUCAUAUUUACAGAUAUAGUAAAUAGCACGAAACUGUGGACAAAAGACUCCAUCAAAAUGAUGCAAAUGGUGAAAAUACACAACAACACAGUGCGGAGUCUCAUGAGAAGGCUUGGGGGAUACGAAGUUAAGACAGAAGGGGAUGCCUUUAUGAUGAUAUUCUAUGACGAACAGUGCGCAAUGGAGUUUGGCGCUGAGAUCCACAGAAUUCUUCUCAGAAAGAACUGGCCUGAGAUGGGGAUAGAGUACAAUCCGCUUAUCUACUCAAAAACAAAGCCGCUGUACAGGGGUCUGCAGAUUCGGGUGGGAAUCAGCAAAGGUGCAUGUGUAGUGGAGAAUGAUCCAAUCACAAAAAGGCUGGACUUCUACGGAAAGUCCGUUAUAGAAGCAGCGAGGCUCUGUUCCAUGGCCAGUGCAGGAGAGACUCUCAUCACGCACACCAUGUACAACAGAGUAAAAGACAUAAAAACAAGAAGGUAUAUUAUAAUGCCCAGAGGAAGAGUCAUCCUUUCCGGGCUGGAAAGCGAAAUACACCAUGUGUACGAGGUUCUGCACAGCACACUUCUAAAAAGACUCCUUUUGAAAUCACCUCGUGUCAUACGAGGGUGCGGCUGGAUUAUCACAUAA